AGUCAUUGACCGUAACAAAGGACAUGAGGAGACAUAAGGAGGCAAGUCUCAUACCAUCAAUUUCAAACCAUCUUUGGAGAGAUGAAAGGUUUAUAGCGGGAUUUUACCUUGCUUCCCGCCAUUGAACCACACUCCUCUCCACACCUACAAUGGCUUCUUCCUCCGCUUCACUCUCAUCCAAAACCAGAACCCUAAUCGACAUCUUCCAGCCAGCGCUUUCCAAACGCUUAAAAACCUCACAGACGUUGAAAACCUUAGCAACCAACGACGACAAAUGCGAUUCAGACCUCACAUUGGCUUCCUCUUCCGCUGACAUUUCUGCCUCCCAGAUAUCCCGCAUGGAAACCAACAAAUGGAUCGCCAGAUCCAAGCGCAAUCUCAAAACUUGCUCAGAUAGGGUUUCUAAAUGGGAGAAUGGAUGUGUGAAGUUGGAGGAGCUUUUGGUGGAGGAGACAUGGUUUGAAGCUCUUCCUGGAGAGUUCCAGAAGCCCUAUGCUCUUAAUCUUUGCAAAUUUGUACAGACUGAAAUUUGUAGUAGUGGUGUCCCUAUUUAUCCUCCUCCUUCUUUGAUCUUUAAUGCUCUGAAUUCUACCCCUUUUGAUAGGGUCAAAGUUGUUAUUCUUGGCCAAGAUCCUUAUCAUGGGCCUGGUCAAGCUAUGGGUCUUUCAUUUUCUGUUCCUGAGGGAGUUAAAAUCCCAUCUAGUCUUCUCAACAUAUUCAAGGAACUGAGGGAUGAUCUUGGUUGUUCCAUCCCAUCCCAUGGAAAUCUCGGGAAAUGGGCCGUUCAGGGAGUCUUGUUGCUUAAUGCUGUUCUCUCAGUUCGAAAGCAUCAAGCGAACUCUCACGCUAAGAGAGGAUGGGAACAAUUUACUGAUGCUGUCAUCAAGACAAUAUCACAAAAGAAGGAAGGGAUUAUCUUUCUACUUUGGGGAAACUCCGCUCAAGCGAAAUUGAGGUUAAUUGAUGAGAAAAAGCAUCACAUUCUCAAAGCAGCGCAUCCUUCUGGUUUGUCUGCUAACAGAGGCUUCUUUGGUUGCAGGCAUUUUUCUCGAACAAACAUACUACUCAAGGAAAUGGGUACUGCUUCCAUAGAUUGGCAACUUUGAUCCAAACAUGUGAACCAUUGAAGUUCAUUUUUUGUGGAUACACUUUAAGAUCCCCAGUCAUGCUCAGACCUGCUUGCUUGAUGACUUUUUGUUGAAUUUUCACUUGUCGCUUCACCGUUGUUUAAAUGUCGAGAUGCCCAUCCUUUAUCUUUUUGUAUUAUAGUGUUUAUUCCUGCUGUUUGAUUUUUAUUCCAAAGCAGCAGCAGAACCGUUCUUUUUAUAAAAUAGGGUAAAAUUAGAAGUUAGUCUUUCAUAUGGUGACCAGUGGUUUUCAUAAAUCAGGCUAGAUGUUUUGUUGUACCUAACUUUUGGCGGUUCUCUCAAUCCUAUCAUGGGAAGUGGGAAGAUUCAUAUUAGUCCCUGUCGAGUGUGGAUGGAAGGAUAUGGGUAGAACAUUAACUGCCCUUCUUGUGCUUUCAAUAGUAAAGUUGUAAUUUUGAAGAAAGAAAGAUGACUUGUAAAACAAAGAAGAAAAGAAAACACAUGUGCCUCCAAUGCUUAAGUCAUAAUCCAGGGAGCAACUUACCUU